GCGAAUUUCUCCUGUGCGGCAAAGUCGAGCGAUCUAAUUUAUAUUUAACAAUUUAAAUGAUUUUCGCUUAAAACAUUACUUAUAUUCUACUUUCAGUUCAUACAGCGAUUGUUUGGAAAAUUUCAUUUUGAAUUUUGGCGGUACAACGCAUACACACCUUGCCUCGUCAGCAUACGGUCACAGACAGUCGCAGGGAACAUCUGUAAACAGACUCGCGAACACACCUGCCUCCUCGUGUAUUAUUCUAUUAUUAUUGCAGUCUGCAGGGCUGCAGCUGAUGCAUAGAGUAUGUCUGGAGAGGCCCAUCAGCUGAUGCUUUCUUUCUUCGCGAAUCGAGACUCGAGAGUUGCAUUCGUGAAUGACCCUAUUCAAAAGCCAGUUGCCAGUUGUCCCUCUUCUAAUUCUUUCGUCUCUCCCGCGAAGUAGCUUCGCCGAUCAUCACCUUCGCAAUCUUAAGUUCUUCUGCAUCAGCUGAUCGAGAGGCCGAAAGAAGCUGCGAGUUCGCUGUCAUCAGGAUGAUUAAAUUUUGAUGGUUCUAAUGAAGACGAGGAGGUUUGAUUACAAAUAGUCCUGCGGCCGCCUAGCCUUGAUCCCUCUCUGUGAUACUCACAAAGCAGUGUGCAACCAUAGAAGACCUUUGAAAGGUCGAGGAAGAAAUAGAGGUUCAGUAUUAGAUAGACCAAAAAUCACUUUGGAGUAUGGCAUGGCACUGCUCUGGAACUACAAACGAAGAAAUGGUAAUCAAGUUAAAAGAAGCUGGAAUAAUUGGAACGGACAAAGCAAAAGCUGCAAUGUUAGCAGUUGACAGAGCUAAAUAUUGCCACAAAUCGGAUCCUUACCAGGAUUGCCCUAGACAAAUUGGAUACAAUGUCACUAUCAGUGCUCCACAUAUGCAUGCAUAUGCCUUAACAUUUCUGACUGAACAACUUUUCGAUGGUGCUAAAGCUUUGGACGUUGGUUCAGGAUCAGGAUACCUCACUGCAUGUAUGGCUCAUAUGGUGGGGCCUGAGGGACACGUUGUCGGCGUUGAUCAUAUCCCAGAGCUUGUAGAACUAUCAAUCAAAAAUGUUCAAGAUGGUAAUCCAGAAUUUUUAGAAAAAGGACGAAUAACAUUUUUAGAGGGAGAUGGCAGAUUGGGAGUUGCAGCUCAUGGGCCCUACAAUGCUAUUCAUGUUGGUGCAGCUGCUGAUACACUACCACAAGAACUUGUCGAUCAGUUAGCUCCUGGAGGAAGAUUGAUCUGUCCAGUUGUUGCAAUAGAAGGAUUCAACAGAUUUCAACAUCUAAUGCAAGUAGAUAAAAAUUUAGAUGGUUCUGUUAAGAAAGAAAAACUAAUGGACGUGUCUUACGUCCUUUUGACUGAUGCAAAUACUCAACUAAGCAAUUAAAGAUAUUUUUAUCUUAGGAAAAAUUUUAAAUCAAUAAGCAUAGUUACAUUUUAUCACAACCAUUCUCACAUAUACAAACUCAUUCAGAUUUGUAUACAUGUAUAAAUACUGUAAAAAAGUUAAAUUAUCAAAUUUAAUAUGAUAUUAAAAUAUUAUAUUUUAUACUA